ACUGAUCAUCAUCAUUAUAUUUUAUAACUUAACUUUUAUUGUUGUUGCUCUUUUUACAUUUUCAGUUUUCAUUUUACCCAUAUUAAUAUAGUCAUUAACCUAUAGUAUAUUCAGUCCCAACCUCAAAGUCAUCUGGUCAGAGCACAGAUAAAAGCAGAAAUUUCACUGUUACGAAUUCCCAGAGGCGAAUUCAAAGGUAACAUUCCACAUUCUCCUCCACAGAUGCUUUACAGUACACAUUGACCACCCAGUGUGCCUAACAUAUUGUCAACAUUCAUAUCGCUGUUACUUCUGAAGUCUGGGAUUUUCCAUGUCUCUGUGCAUAUGGUGCACUGUCAGCUUGCUGGUUAUAUUUGGUCUUAUGUACUCUUAUGAGUUAUGCUGGACAUGAAGGUGUCAAAUAAAGUUUAACAGAUACAAUAACAAUUUUCAGAGUGACCUCAGGGUUCCUCGGCCUUCUCAGACCCAUGAGUCCAUUUAUGGGUCAGGUGCAAAGCAAUUAUGGCUGUCUAUUGUGAAUUAAAGCAUUACAGUGUGGAGACAGCACAAAUACGUUUUGUAGAGACUAGAAGAUCACUCAGAGAGCAAGUACCCCAACCAAGACUUGAUAAACCACACUCGUUGUGUUAAUUACAGAAAAUGUCUUGUUGGGAAACAUUUAUUCUACACUGUCAUUCAUAUUUGCAUGAAAAUACAUAUAAUGAAUGACAGCCAUGUUAUAUGUUCUGGAUUUUUGUCAUUUACCAGUAUCUGUGGUAAAGUCUUUUGGGAAAACAGCAAAAGUUAUGUAGACAUGGCAACAUUAUUGAAUGAGAUUACAGAACUUUUCCUCACCAAACACCAAAAUAAAUAAGAAAUGGGACUGAAAACAUAGUUUUGUUGAUAGGUCAUAAACAUAACUUGUAACUCCCCCGCUUUAUAUGCAUCUCUAACCCUAAAGCUGAGAUUCUUUAGACAGAAUAUAUCACUUUCAACAACACGGUUCAGGGUUCAGAGGGUUUACAGAGUAUGAGUGCAUUAUGAAACGUGUGAUCCUGUUUAGUAUGAACAGCUGACAGGAUGGGUCCCAAGGUCCCAUGCGUCUUAUAUAAAGAGGGCCUGGUGUUGAAGUGAGAGCUACUCUGUGAGUGACUUCAGGAUGAAUACCCUCCAGACUCUUUGUCUCUUGGCUGCCAGCCUCUCACUUGCCCAGUCUUUCAACUACAGGGCACUCACCCAGUUCAGAAACAUGAUGCUGUGUGUGAUGCCUGAUAGCUGGCCUGUUUUAGACUACGCCGACUAUGGCUGCUACUGCGGAAAAGGAGGCUCCGGCACACCUGUGGAUGAUCUGGACAGGUGCUGCCAAGUGCAUGACCAGUGUUACAGUGAUGCUAUGCAACACCCUGACUGCUGGCCCAUCUUGGACAAUCCUUACACAGAGUUCUACCACUACAACUGUGACGAGCAAAACAGGAUCAUCACCUGUGGCAACAAAAACGAUGAAUGCGAGAUGUUUAUCUGUGAGUGCGACAGGAAGGCUGCCGAGUGUUUCGCCAGAUCACACUGGAACCCUGAUCAUGAGCACCUUCCUAGUGAGAACUGCCAGUAAAGACCAGCUGUAUCAAAGCUGCACCCUGUGAGCUUGUGACUGUGAAGCCAUCCUGACAAUAAACACAUUUAGAUCAGCAUCUCACAUUUUACCUCAUAUGCUGUUUACUUUACUUUUUACUUUCUUAUUUAAGAAUAUGAUCUCAUCAAAAUUUUAUUUUCUUCUUCCUUUUCAUCUUAUUAUAUAUUUAUUGUGUAUGUAAUAGUUGCACACAAUAAUAAAAAUGUGUUAACUUGGGGAUAAUGAGUGACAUUUUUCAUUUCGGUUUUGUAAUUUUACACUGCUUUUAUUUUCUGUAAGACUCACCUUUCCUGCAUGUGGAACAAACAUGGCGUAAUCUCACAAGAGGCCUGUGUUUUUAAAAUGUAUAUUUUGAGACUCUGCAAUUGUUAUCUGCAAACUAAUUUGAGGGAACAGUUACUCAAAGAUCGUACCCUCUGACACCUAGUAUGCUGUCUUCUUGUGAGAUAAUUGUACAAAUGUAGCAUUGCAAGCAGGUUUACAGUAUGCAAAGCGACCAUGCAGUUCCGGUUUUUGUGAAGUCUGGAAGGUCCACUCUAAACCAUGUAGAAAUUCUGCCACCAGCUACCACUGCAGUCGAAAUGCAAAUCUGUUUUCAACUGCAUUUGCAGAGUUAGUUAUCUAAUUUGUUCUUCAUUUCAAUUGUCACCCACAGCUGUCAGAGUGCCAGAUGUUUGCAAGCAAAAUUUGGGUUGCUUUUGACACUAUUUGGCAACAGAAUAAAACAAAUCCUAUCACAGCAGUCUAGUGUCUUGGCUUAAGCUAUCCACUGCCGUUAGCUCCCAGCAGCUCACUCUUUGUAAUCACAGCUGUGGCUGCAGCCCACUGGAUCAGU